AUGUAUAUUUCGAAAUGUGCUGGAGAUGGGAUCUUUAGCAAGGGUAAAUUGGAUCCAUUCGGAGACAUAAAGUUGAGUCCUUCAUCUGGAGUCCUAAAUUAUGGGCAGGUCAGUGCUUAUAUUCGAUACUUCUAUGCAUCCAAUCUUGGAUAAUGCUCGUGAAAAAUUCUACCUGAACUUUCAGUUUGUUUUUCCUUUUAUGUUGUUUAACGCACAGUAACUGACAUUUUGCUUACCCUUUUCCUUGCUAAAUGAAAAUUUCUGAAAACCCCUGCAACUUUCCUUUAACAUGUCCUGUGUUCUCAUCUGUAAACAACAGUCUAUAAUCAUGCGUCUCUUUCAAUCUGAAUGAUCUACUAUUCUUGGCUAAUAAAGGGAACAUCAUGUCUAGUCAAGGAACUGGGGGACAGUCAAAGGGAGGGGUGAUCAACUGUAGACAAGAUGAACACGAUAUGUGAUUUAAGUGUAUAUUUUGAUUUAUUUACCUUUGGCAGUUGCUCCAGGGCUCUUUCCAUUUAUUUAUUUUUAUCUCUAGGGUCUAUUCGAGGGAUUAAAGGCAUACCGGAAGGAGGAUGGUUCCAUCUUGCUAUUUCGCCCCGACGAAAACGCUAAACGGAUGAUAAUGGGUGCAGAGCGUCUAUGCAUGCCUUCGCCAACGGUUGAUCAGUUUGUGGAGGCUGUGAAGCUGACUGUUUUGGCAAAUAAACGCUGGGUAGUUUAUCGUUCACAGGUGUUUACUUCUGUUGUUCUUAGAGUGUUCUUUAUGUGAUUGCAUGCUAUUGAUUUAGGUGCCCCCUGCUGGUAAAGGAUCUUUAUACAUCAGACCACUGCUCAUGGGAAGUGGACCUGUUCUUGGUCUUGCACCUGCCCCCGAAUACACAUUUCUAAUUUAUGUUUCUCCGGUUGGUAACUAUUUCAAGGUGGGUUGCUGAUCCUGUCUUCUGUUCCAUUAUCUUUUUAAAUUCGGUUUAAAGCAACAUCUCUCUUCAUCCAUGCAUUGUCAAUUUUAUUCGAGUCAUGGAUACUGCAUAGCACUUUAAAUUGAUUAGAAAUCUGUCGUCAUCUCUUUUGCCAUAUUGUUAUCUCUUUUGAUGGGUUAUUUAUAUCAGAUAGGAUUGAGUAGUUAAUCAUUCUGCUCAGCAUUAGAAGGUCGAAGAAGGAAUAAUCUCAGUUGGUACUAGUGCAGAAAAUAAAUGAAUCAAAGAAUUGCAGAUUAGUUCAGUAGUUGGCUCAAUUGUGGACUACUUAUUUUUAUGUUUAUAGUGGUGCAAAGCACCUCACACGAAAACUGGUGUGAAUGAAAUAGUCUAUUGUGCGGUGAUUAAAAGAGUGUUCUUGCCUACUAUUGCAUGGAACGUUUUUUAUGUUAAAAUCGCUAAAUCAUGAUAUUUCGUAGCCCGCCAUAAAUUGACAUGAAACACAUUCCCAUUGUUAGCUUUCAUUCUUCGUAUUUUAAACAUUUCCUUCUUUACUGGCUUUUGUGCUUGCUAUUUAGUUUUGCUUCAUCCCAUUUCAACUGCUCAAUUCAACUAAUCUAUGAAUCUAAUCGGUAACAGGAGGGUCUGGCACCGAUAAACUUAGUUGUGGCGACUGAAUAUCACCGUGCAACACCUGGUGGGACCGGAUGUGUGAAGACAAUCGGGAAUUACGCCUCGGUAAUAGCCUUGUGAUAGAGUACUGCGGCCAAGACUAAAACAAUGUUUUCUUUAGGAAAUAGCUGUUGUGAUGCGAUACCUUAUAUUUUGCUUCAAAAGUGUAUGACCUGCAGAGAUAGACCAUUUGGAGAUUGCAAACCAGUUAUAGUGUUUCUAAGCACUCAUCCUGUCACAUGUGGUCGCAAUAUCAUGCUCAUCUCCAUUUUGUUUGUCUUAAUUUAUUGCGCUUUAUUCUAAAUGAGCUGCGAGGAAAAGAGAUUUUGUGCCAUCUAUCAAGUCUGCUACUCGAACUAUCUUUGACUAGCCAUGAAUUUGAUGGAAUCGGCAUCAGUAGAUUAAUAUUUAGAGUAUAUUUCGCAUAGUGCACUUACACCGGCCACAUUAUUAUUUCAGAGAUUCAACUACUUGUUUCUCUUUACCUGCAUGAUGCGUACGAGUAAAUUUCAUAGCUUCUCGCUUUAUAUCGACCGUUACUUUUUUUUGAUAAAUUUUAAGUAAGCCUUAGUUACUAUAGUUGCUGAUAUUAUCCUGUCUCAAUUUAUAUUUUUCUGUUGAAAAUUUAUGCGUAAUUCCCGAAAUGUAUGUAACCCACGAUGGAGAUAAUAGAAAACAGAUAAUGCUCAUGCGGCACGAAUUACAUAUGGAAAAUUUGCUCAGUAUUUAUUUUUUUUUAAUUCUAGGAGUUUCUGAUGUUUUUUUUUUUUUUUUUUGUGUAGGUCCUCAAGGCUCAGGCUGAAGCCAAGGCCAAAGGCUACUCUGAUGUCCUCUACCUUGAUUCCGUCAAUAAAAAGUACUUGGAGGAGGUUUCAUCCUGUAACAUCUUCGUUGUGAAGGUACGUAAUAUCUUUGGAUUGAAAAUAGCUUUACCGGGUCAUCUCCAUUUAAUCGCAUUUGGCUUUCACGUUGAGCUCAUUCGCCUUCUCAAGCUCAGUAUGAACAAUCUGUUGUCCAUCUUUGGCAACAUCCCUGCAGGGAAAUACCAUUUUAACGCCAGCAAUCAAGGGGACGAUUUUACCAGGAAUCACCCGGAAGAGUAUAAUUGAUGUUGCUCGUCUGCAAGGAUUUCAGGUAGCUAUUUAAUCCCCGAAAUAUUACCACAUAAAACGGCGACUUUCUGUGGUAGUUCUUCCUUAAAAAGGAUAUUAUAUCGUUAGUUAUACUGAUUUGAAUCUUUCUGUGGCGUAUUUGUUUGUAUGGCUCUUGGGGCCGGGUCUGUUUCUAUCUGGUCCAAGCCACGAAAAAUCGACUGAGCCAGGUCGAUCCCAUGGCCAGCCUUGUAGCUAGAGCUACUUUCAAACUGCGUUGACCCGCCCCCCCUCCCUGCCCUCGUAGUAGAGUUGUAACCAGUAUCUGUUCUCUUUCUUGUGGUUGUCACUGGUCUCUCUCUCUCUCUCUCUGCGUGAUGUCUCCAGCUACCGCUGUCCUUGUUCUCUUGGAACGGCCUUUGAGUAGUUUAAAGUUCGCUGGGCUUUCUCUAAAGAAGACGAUGGGGAGGGUUGCAGGUUGAGGAGCGGCUGGUGUCUGUGGAGGAGCUGCUCGACGCGGAUGAGGUUUUCUGCACUGGGACGGCCGUCGUUGUUUCCCCCGUGGGAAGCAUCACGUAUCUUGGCAAGAGGUACCUUCGUCUGUCUGCAAUGCUUUGUGCUAUGAAUCUCGAUACCGACUGUUGGAUCCCCCUAAUUGCUCUCUCUCUCGAUAACUGUUGGCUGCCCUUCUGCUGCUCUCUGCCUCUUUCAAGUCGGGUUGCGGGUGCCGACUAUCGGCCGCCGCUCUGCUCUACUCUUCUCUCUCUCUCUCUCUCUAGUUCUGUUUCUAUCUAGAUCUACGGUCUCUCUGCCCUCUCUCGAAUCUGGUUGUGGGUGCCAAUCGUUGUCUGCCCUUGCUCUCUAUCUCUCUCUCUCUCUCUCUCUACAUGGAGACCGUCACUCUCUGGAGAGUUAUCAUUAGGUGGACUAAGCUGCUUUCCCCCGACUGACGCAGGGUGGAGUACAAGAACAACGGCAUCGGAAAGGUCUCUCAACAGCUCUACUCCGCCCUCACGAGGCUCCAGAUGGGCCUCGCCGACGACAACCUCGGUUGGACCCUCAGCCUCGACUAG